CCUCUCGCCCGCUCGGUUCUCCUUCCAGCAAUGGACCUGAUAGGGGCCCUGGAUGUGGGCGAUUUGGCGGCCGCCUUCGCCCGCCUGCCCGUCUUCCCUGUCUUCGACUUGGGCUACUUCGUAGUCUCUCUCCUCUACCUCAAGUACGAAAAAGGUGCGGUAGAGCUGUCCCGGAACAGUCCCUUGGCCUCUUGGGUCUGUGCUAUGCUGUAUUGCUUUGGCAGCUACAUCCUUGCUGAUCUCCUGCUUGGAGAAGCCCCUGUUGAUUACUUCAGCAACAACUCCAGCAUACUUCUGGCCACAGCCGUCUGGUACCUGAUCUUCUAUUGCCCCUUGAACCUAUUUUACAAAUGUGUCAGCUUUCUGCCUGUCAAGCUUAUUUUUGUGGCGAUGAAAGAGGUGGUCCGAAUUCGCAAGAUUGCUGCUGGUGUUCAUCAUGCCCACCAUCAUUACCACCAUGGGUGGUUCAUUAUGGUCAUAAUUGGAUUUGUCAAAGGUUCUGGAGUUGCCUUGAUGUCUAACUUUGAGCAAUUACUGCGUGGUGUUUGGAAGCCAGAAACAAAUGAGCUCCUUCAUAUGACCUUCCCAUCCAAAGCCAGUCUGUAUGGAGCAGUGCUCUUCACCCUUCAGCAAACCCAAUGGCUGCCCAUCUCCGAAGCCACCCUCAUCUUCUUCUUCACUCUUUUUAUGAUCAUCUGCAAGGUGUCCUUGACAGCAACUCACUCCCACGGCUCACCGUUUGUACCUCUUGAAAAUGUGGUGUGCCCCAUCCUCUUUGGCUCUGCAUUUGCCAGUCAUGACAAUCACCACCAUGACCAUCACCACCACCACCACCACCACCAUGGAGGAUCCCAGGAGCCAUCCCUUCCACCACCACCUCAGCUGCCAGCCAAAUCAAGGGAGGAGCUCAAUGAAGGAACCCGGAAGCGGAAAGCCAAGAAGGUGGAAUGAGCAUCAAGAAGGUUGAGAGACCCAUCUGAACCACCACAACUUUGCUGCAUACCUUGUGUGACUUAUGGCCUUCCAAAGACAUGGCUGGAGGAGGCUCCUAGAAAGCCCAGUCCUCUUCACCUGGUCCCUGCCACUAUUUUCUUGGCCUGUCACCUGUGAGGUGCAAAACUGAUGUCCAAAUGGACCUUUCACUACAGUUUCUAGCUCAGCCUUUCCUGUCCUAUUGGUCUCCUCCCCUUCCUAAUCCACAUCAGUGGAAAAGCUGGAAUGUACUUGGGUGUCUCCUCCAGCUUCUUAGCCUGCAAACAACCCAGGAAUCUGCUCCAGGCCAUCCAUGCAGGUCCCUAAGGCCAGCGAUACUUUUCAUGGGCUGAGAGACGUUCCAGAUGGAGUGACUGGCAUUCCACUAAGUCAGCAUUUUGGAUGUCUUCUUUGGUUGCCAUUUGUACAAGGCCUUGAGCGUAGGAGAAGACCAUCACUGCUGCUGCUGCUCUUUGGGCUGUUAGUAUAUGUGUAUGUGUGUCAGCAUGCUGGCAUUUGUGUACACCUCUCCAGAGCUUGGUAAAUUUUGCUGUAGGGAAGGAAACCAAAGCAACUAUUGAGUGUUUCAAUCCUACCUUUGCAAAACACUGUGAGAGAUGGACAUGCAUGUAAAUUAUUCACUGACUGAUACCCCUUCCCCCAGGAUAAUUAUUUACUGUUGCCAAGGAUUUUAAGCAGUUUGUUUUCUCCCACUAUGCCUCUUCUGCAAACAGUUGGGUCGUUCCUACUGAACUGAUUUGGAUUUGUUGCUUUCCUCCUUCAGUUAAGAGAUGAUAAAAGCAAGGGGCUGUCGGCUAAGGUGAGAGUUAGCUUCUAGUGGCUACGUAAGCCUAUGAGGGUGCCUAAAGAGUCAUUGCAUAUAAGUCGUGGUUUAUUGAGGGAUUUUCUCUAGAAAGCCAAAGCUAGAAUAUCUGAAUAAUGGAGCCCCUGUGAGCAUCUGUAAAGUUCCCUCCUUGCCCCAAAGUAGCCAGUUAGCUGCUCCCGGGAUUACAAAGAAGGCUUAAAUUCUAGUUGGGGGCACAGAAGGAGACUUCAACUGGUGUCCUGACUGUCUAGGCCCUUCCCCGCUUGCAGUCAGCUGUGACAAAAACAUGGCACUGCAACCUCUUUUUUCUGCUGUAUCCCCAUGAUGUUGCCUUCAGCUUCUCCCCAACACAUCCUUGAGACAACAGUCAUCCUUAGGUGGCCCAGUGUAAAAGUGGUGUUUCCCCCCUUUAAGCAGCAGUUUUACUGUACAGCAGGUGCAAUCUGACAUGGUUCACCAACCAUUGUGUCAGUAGUGCUUCCAGGGGACCUCUAUGGGUUGAGAUCAGCUCGGCACCUGUUGGCCAUUUGAUACUCUUCCUAUGCAGUUCCCAGACACAGCUCUCCAGGACUAUCUGCUCUGAGCAGCCGAAGGGUUUGGAUCUUUCUGGCCGGGGUCUCCCAUUGUUUGUGCAAGGUCUCUGAACCAAUCCCUGACCAGCAAUGGCAGUGGGAGGGGCUGCCCUGUGAAGCAGGAGAGAGAGAGAGGGAUGGCUCUCUGCUGCUCUAUGGUUCAGCCUCUGCUCAACUAUGCCAACCAGCCGUUUUUCAAACUGUUUUUGAACAUAGGUUUAUUGUUCUUCUAGAAGAGCACUAAGCCCAUAUUCAAAAGCAGUCUGAACAAGAGUUGAUAGGUGCAGGUAAGUUAUGCUGUGAAGUGUCAUAGAGGAAAACAAUCACACAAAUACCAGAUUUGAUAGGUUUCCAAACCCAGGAACACCCAGUGAGUAAAGAGAGUCCUCUUUCCUUUCCCCUGCUACCUCUCCCAGCUUAGGUAAUUGAUCCCCCAGCUGGAAGAAGUGGCAGGUGAAAGGGGGACAAAUUCUGGCAAAUUCUGCAGAUGUAGCCAUCUGCCAAACCAUUCCCAAUCAGAGCAGUGCUGUGAGUGGCAGACUGCUUUCCCACCAGUUGGUUAAGUGGUGAAGGUGGGAGGAGGGCAGGCGGGAGGAAGGUCACCAUCCUCCAGCUACAAACCAGAACAGAGACAAUGGGACAUGGAAUGGGAACAGAUGCCAAUGUAGCGUUUUGUUGGCUCACAGAUAGGGGGACAGCACUUUAAAGGACCCAGAGGGAAGAGCUCCAUGACUUGUGAGGAGUGGGAAUAGCCAUCCAGAAACAGAAAGCCCUGGAUUUCCUUUUCUCCUGUUGGACAUCACCAAGAGAAGGAACUGAUUGACAUGAAGAGGCAGAAGAGCCUUGGAGAACACUUCCUUCUCCAAGAUAUAUACUUCUUUGUUAAAAAUAUAGCAUCUUAUUUUUUAAAAAGUGCCUUUUCCUUAGAAAAUCUCUGCCCCAUCCCCUUUUCUUUUUUCCCUGGAUUUUUAUCCAUGGCCAGAACAGCCAUGGUUUUGUGGAUACAGCCAUUCUUAAAAUAAAAAGCCUCUGUGAUGUAACUGAUGUGGAGAAUUGUGCACAUGCUUUGUACACUUCUGUCUUAAUGUCUUCACAGUACUGGAAGGAAGAAGUUAAGAUGCAAUAAAUGUUUCUUUGGUUCUGAAGAUGAGAUCAAGUGGAAGGAUGGGAUGGGACGGGAAUACCAGAUUUCAGGGAUUCACAGUGGAUUUUCUUCCUCUAAUCCAAGAGUUGGCCAUUAUCUGAAUUCUUUUAGUCUCCCAGAGGCCAUCUAAAUUUCUCCAUUCACAGAUUAUGGCUAUACAGUUUCCUCUGUGAUAGUUUUCUUUUUCUUGGCACUUGUUUGCAGCAAUUUUUUAGCUGCAGGGCUGCAUCUCAGCCUCUUCCUGUUCAGAUAGGGCCCAGUGCAGAUGAUCAAGAUUUGCAAGAGAAUUUGGAGGAAAGUGUUUAGCCUGAAACCACAGAUUUACCUCCUCAGUCUCCCCCUUCUUCCUAAAGCCCUUUUUUCCAUGCCUGGCACUAUCAUAUUUUGCAAAUGGCUUACACAGGGAAAGCUGCUAUUUUUUUUUUAAUUGUCCUCUGUUGUAAUAAUCUUACUUAUAUAGUUACAGCAGUUCUUUUAUUAUUCCACCAGGACAGCCUUCUCAAAUGCUCUUCAGACACAUUGGACUAAGGUUCCUGUGAUUUCCAUUCAGUUCACGCUCACUUCAAAUUAUGAAAUUGUACAGGUGGUGCAGAGUAUUUCCCAAACGCUCUGUUAUUUUGU